AUGAUGAUGGCGGCGGCCGAGGCGGAGCUCGGGCGGGGCUUGCGUAGGGGAGGGGCGGGCUUCGCUCCACACUCUAGGGGCCUUCCCUCAGCGGCGGAGGCGGAAGAGGCCAGGCUUCGGCCUCCUCUCCCUUCCUCCAGACUCCUUUCAGUCCCUCGUGUGCCUACUUUCUGCCCCCCCGCCGCUGAGGCGAUGGCGACGGGAGGCGCGGCAGCGGGGCUUCCCUCCCAGGAGCGCCCCUUCGAGGCGGCUCCCCCUGAGGCGAUUCCUCCGCUUCCGCCUCGCGCCGCGCUCAGCCGGCCGGAGAUCCAGCGCUACUCGCGGCAGCUCGUGCUGCCGGAGCUGGGCGUGCGCGGGCAGCUGCGUCUCUCCGGCUGCUCGGUGCUGGUGGUGGGCUGCGGCGGGCUGGGCUGCCCGCUGGCGCAGUACCUGGCCGCCGCGGGCGUGGGCCGCUUGGGGCUGGUGGACCACGACGUGGUGGAGCUGAGCAACCUCCACCGCCAGGUCCUGCACCGCGAGAGCCGCCUGGGCACCUCCAAAGCCGGGUCGGCGGCCGCCGCCUUGAGGGAGCUCAAUUCCGGCGUGCAGUGCGUGCCUUACGAGGCGGCCCUGAGCCCGGCCACCGCCCUGGAGCUGGUCCGGGCCUACGACCUCGUGGCCGACUGCUCCGACAACGUGCCCACCCGCUACCUGGUCAACGACGCCUGCGUGCUGGCGGGGAAGCCCUUGGUGUCCGGCAGCGCCCUGCGGCUGGAGGGACAGCUGGCGGUGUACAACUACCAAGGCGGCCCCUGCUACCGCUGCCUCUUCCCCAAGCCCCCUCCCCCGGAGACGGUCACGAACUGUGCGGACGGCGGGGUCUUGGGGGUUGUGCCGGGCAUCCUGGGGUCCCUCCAGGCUCUGGAGGUGCUCAAGAUCGCUUCGGGGAUGGGCACCCCUUUCAACCGGUCCAUGUUGCUCUUUGAUGCCCUCGAUGGAAGCUUCCGCCGCAUCAAGCUCAGACCCAGGGAUCCAGACUGUGCCCUGUGUGGCGACCAUCCCACCCUGACUGCCCUACAGGAUUAUGAAGCAUUCUGUGGGUCUUCGGCGACAGACAAGUGCCGGACCCUCCACCUGCUGCAUAGCGACGAGCGGAUCUCUGUAGAAGAGUACAAACAGAUCCGAGACCGCCAAGUCCCUCAUAUACUGAUCGAUGUCCGUCCCCCAGUAGAAACAGAUAUAUGUUGCUUGCCGCAGGCCCUCCAUGUGCCCUUACCUAAAUUAGAAGGGAAAGAUGAAGAAUGCCUGAAGUCUCUAGGUCAGAGGAUACAAGAAGCCAAGCAGAGGACUAAUGGCAACGAGGCUUUCCCAGUUUAUGUUAUCUGCAAAUUAGGAAAUGAUUCUCAAAAGGCUGUGAGAAUAUUACAGGGGUGGUCUGAUAAUGGGCUAGGCUUAAUUUCUAUUAAGGAUAUCAGAGGGGGACUCAUGGCUUGGGCUAACAAAAUUGAUCAAGAGUUUCCUCAGUACUGACGAUUUCUAAUAGCAAUAAUAAUGUGUUUAAAAUCUGAGUUGUAUUGAUCAUUCAUCUGGUUGCAAAGAUUCUUAAUGCCUUACGAUAGCUUAUGUGGAAUGUGUGGAAUUUUUCUGUUUACUAAUUUAUUUAAAGACAGCCGAUGAUGUGUGUAAUUCAAUGUGUACAUUGUAUGGUGUUUCAGAUUUUCUUUCUGUGAACAUGAAUUUGUUUACAACUUCA